AUGUCAAACACCUUAUCGGGUCAGACCGAAAAGGGCUUGGGCUUUGGAGGCUUGAAGUUAGGAGGUUGUGAUAUCGAAAAACCCGAACUCGGUUCCUCUUUGAUGCUCACAGAGGUAGAAGCCGCAGGGGUUUCUGAAGAAUUUGUUGAUGAUUGUACGAAAAAAUUACUCUUUUGUUGGACAAUUUACGAGUCGAAAGUGCCUGACAAUUGGAGUUGGAGUAAAAUUCAAUGCUCUGGCGAGAAAACGGCGGAGAUGAUAGUUUGGGCGAUGGGAUGUGGUCUGGGUUUAUUAUCUUCGAAUGACACUUAG